CAGGGAGGCGGAGCAGCUGCAGCCAGAAUCACUGCGCUCGGUCAGUGCGCAGCUAUGACUCCAUGUCUGGAGCUGGAGCCACAGGAGACCAAACACUGAGACCCGCUCGACUCCAGGAGGAACCGUCUGAGCUCAGAUCCACUUCCACUCGAGUCCGGGACAGAAGAAGUGAACAAGGCUCGGACUUCUCUGAGGAGCAGCGCGGUGCCACCUCGCAGCCAUGAGUUCUCAGGCGGGCUUUGGAAGCAACAUGCUGUUCCAGACCAUAAACGAUGACCUGAAUGCAUCGCUGGCCACGGCCGACGAGUUGUCCCAGGAGUUUAGCUCCCUGAUGAAGGAGGCCUCCUCCAGCAACAACAACACAAAGUCGGUCCCUCAGGUCAGCAUCACAGUCACCAGAGAUAGGCCUCAGUCCAACAGCUCCAUCACCAGCAGUAAUGGCAGCUCCGUGGACUACGUCAUCUCCAGCAGUAAAAACUCACCGUCCUCCCCAGUCUUCUCCAACAAUCCUCUCUCAUCCACCAACAUGGAGUCCAGCUCUUCAGUCUCUCGAUCUGGAAGUGACAGCUACUCGUACAUCCCGCAGAGCCCCAACCCUUCGCCUCACUCCCCGAGGCGUGCAUCCCCCAGUCGUUACGACAGGAGCCCGCGAGGGUCGAUCAGCUACGCAGAAAGGAGCCCCUCGCCGAACCGCCGAGCCGCUCCGGUCGACCAGCCAUCCCACUCCGACUCACACCGCUCCUCCUCCAAGCUGCUGAGCCCUUACGACAGCAGCCAGAGCGCCCGCAGGUCGUCUCGGCCGGACAGGAGCCCGUCUCCUCUGGCCUUCAGGGCAAUGUCACACACGCUGCCUCGAAAUUUUGGCUAUAGGCAACCUGAGGAGGGUGUGCAGCGGCAGAAGAGUCCCGGCAAGUGGAACGAGACAGAUCUCGACAUGUCCUACGAGAAAAAACCACACCACACCUAUGACAAGACAGAGUGGCUGCGGCCGUCUGUGCCAAACAGCGGCUGGAGAGAGUCCAACCUCGAUGGGCCUCCUCCGGCCCCAAGCCCCAAAAAGGAUCCUCGUCCUCAACCACACCAGUUCUCCCACAGUUCUCUUCCCCGUAACACCCGUGUAACAGUACCUCCAGAUGUGUCGUCCCCAGUCCACUCCCCUUACUUCCCUCAGCCCAUCAGCUCCCGGAUCUCUAUACCCCCGACCAACACCGAGAACCGCCAGCGCCGGCCCAUCCCUCUCUCCGUCAUCAUGCGUCUCCAGAACCCCCACUGGGGAGGGAUGUCAACCGGCGGAGGAGGAGAGGACAUGGCACCUUACCAACCAGCUCCACCCUUCACAAGGGAGUUCUUCCGCCAACCUGGGCCUCCACCACCACCUCAGCUGAGACAGCCGGCCAUGUACAGCGAUGUGCUGAACCCUGGUGAUAUAGACGCAGAGUUAGAGAAGCUGGAUUACAUUCAUCACAUGCCUGCGAUCCAGGAGAAUACCAGGAUGCCAGCAGUUGAGCAGGGCGUGGUGAAGCCCCCGCGGCCCCUGAGCCCCACCAAGCUGCAGCCAGUGGUGGCCCCCGAGGCCCAGAACCAGGUGAUGCAUGACCGGGAGGCGGUUCUCCUUAUCCGGGCAGAAAUCCCCCGCGCGCUGAAGAGACGGGGCUCCGUGGACCACCAGUCGCAGCCCCUGCGGAGGGCGUCGCAUUAUCAGCUGAACCAGUACAAAAACCUCAUCGACAAACUGUUUCGCAGGAGGGAAAUGCGCCGGAAGGGGGAGAGAAGCAGCGAGACCAGCAGCUCCUCAGAGGGAGAGGAGGCCGCUCAACCUCCUGCACCUUUACCUCAGACAUCCACUGUGAUUCCUCCCGACUUCAGAAGCUACCCUACCAUUUUGCGUCGCUCCAGUCGGGAGCGUAAAAAGACCGGCGGACAUCGAGCUCGGCUCAGUCCGCUGGUCCUGCUGCUGGACGGAGCUCUGGUCGGGGAACUGGAGACGGUGCAGAGAGCAGUGCAGGAGAUGAACGACCCCAGCCAGCCAAACGACGAAGGCAUCACCGCCCUGCACAAUGCAAUCUGUGGAGGCCACUACAAUGUGGUGGACCUCCUGGUUCGCAUCGGAGCCAACGUCAGCGCACCAGACAGCCACGGAUGGACGCCGCUGCACUGUGCAGCGUCUUGCAACGAUCGUCCCCUGUGUGAGUUCUUGGUGAGGAACGGAGCGGCGGUCAUGGCCAUGACGGAGAGCGACGCCGCCAUCGCCUCCCAGAAGUGUGAUCCUUAUGCUGUCGGGUUCAACGAGUGUGAGAGCUUCCUGAAGGGUGUGGAGGAGGCCAUGGGGGUGGAGAACAGCGGGGUGCUGUACGCUCUGUGGAGCUACCCGGCUCAGGCAGCUGACGAGCUGAGCUUCAAAGACGGGGACAUGGUGACGAUCCUGCAGAAGCCCGAGGGGCCGGGCUGGUGGUGGGCCUCGCUCUGUGGCCGCGAGGGAUUCGUUCCCUACAACUACUUUGGGCUUUUUCCAAAGGUGCGACCAAAGUCUCUGUGCUGAGCGACGUCCUGAUGGCCCCCCCCCCAUCAAGUUAUAGUGCAGAGGACUGUGUGUUACAGCUUCACACUGUUGUCUGAAAGGAUCGUGUGUGUGUGUGUGUGUGUGUGUGAUUACGAGAAGGCUCCGUCCUGCUGCUGGGAAUAAGAAAUGUUUUUGAUCCGUCACUCGAGGAGAGUUGAGGGAGAAAGCGUCAGUAUUAACGUUGACCCUCCUGACGAGGAAACAUCUGUACGGAGGACGUCACUUGUGCCGGUUCUGGAUUUAUUUUGUGCUUUCCUACUCCUUUACAUUACAGAUCACAUACACACAGAGUGUUGUCUCUCACUCACACACCGUUCUCAUACUUCGCCGUGCACACUGGAAGAGCUGGGAGUCGAACCACCGAGUUCCCAAUAAGUGGACGACCCUCUCUUCCUCCUGAGCCACAGCUGCGUACUACCCUUGUGUAGUAUUUCCGUGUGGCGUGUGCGUGUUCUUCUCGUGUCUGCGCGGGCACAUUUAUCUUAGGUUAGUUGGUGUGAAUGUGAGUGGUGGAUGUUUAGCUCUGGAUGUCGACCCUGUGAUAGGCUGACGACCUGUCCAGGGUCCGCCUCUCCGCUGGGAUUGGCUCCCCCCCCCCCCGUGCAACCCUCAAUGGAUUGUUAAUGGUAAAUGGGUUGUAUUCAUGUAGAGCUUUUCCAGUCCGAUCAACCAGAGGAACGUCAGAAGAAAUGUUGGGGUUUCAGUAUCUUGCCCAAAGACACUUCGGAAUGUAGACUGGAGAUGCAGGGGAUCGAACCACCGACCCCGGUUAGUGGACGACCCCCUCUACCUCCUGAAUGGAUGAUAAUGGGUGAAAAAGCCUCUCUGUACAUGUCUCUGUUUCUGCUGGUAGAUUCGUAAAAUGUUAGUGUUUAUCUCCACGGCCUCUGGAACAAUUUUAAGCCGCAGCUGUUUCUCACCUCAUCAGCUGAUUGAUCCUAAAACACAUUCCUGACUUUACCAGAUGUGAAGUUUGAAGAGUUGAAUGUGGCUGUAAACUUUAAACCUUUUCUAAAAUCAGUAGCUUUUGGUUUGCUUCUUGUCGGCUUCAGUUCUCACACUUCACUGUAGUCAGUUUGCAUUUGAUGCUGCCUAUGAUAUAAAUGGAUUUAGUUUGAAAGAGAGUGUGUGUGUUUUUUAAAUGAUGAUGAAUGAAACUGACUAUUUUGAAGAAGCAGUUUUUUGUCUGAUCAGUGAAUAAUUCAUGGAUCUUGAUGAAAAAAUGUUUAAAUCUCUUGAGUGUGUGCAAUUUAGUGCACAUCCAAGUAAAAUUCCAGAUGUAGGGGAUUGAUCUGUGGUUGAAAAGGGCCUCGGUGGAGUUGUGUGUUCUUCUGAGUGACAGUUUAUAUGUUAUCAGUGUUCAGUGUUACACUCAUCACGUGCACUUGACCUUUAACCCCUCACCAGAGGCACGAAGCGACCAAAUCUAACUCAAUACACAAAUGAGUUUCCUGCAUUUUGGUUCCUUUGAAAAUGUUUUCAAGUUUAGACUUUACAUAGCAGAAUUAUGUUUAGAUUAAUGGGUAUAUUCAUGAUUUUCUUUUUUUUAACUUUCCUUAACAUUGUGGGAUGGGGGGGCGUUUUUCAGCAUUUCCACUGGUAGAAUAAUUCAUGGUUAUGAAACAUGUUUAGAGGACUGAUAUUUGUGUUUAAGUAUAAAUCUAGUGACUUUAAAUGUGGUUACAGGACAGUUGGACCUUGUAUGAGCUGAGUGACAAUAUGAUUGUGUGUGUUUGAGAUAAAACUGGGAAAUGUCCUCUCCUGACCAGCAGAUGACACUGUCCAGUCAAAUAUAAAUCCAGCACCAGCAUAGAAUUUACAUUUUACAACACAACCAGUGAAUGUAAACUAAUACACAGUGAAACAUUUA